CACACACACACACACACACACACACACACACACACACAGACAUGGAUUCACACACACAUAUAACUAAAAGCUCGAGAAAACCAUGUCAAAGAUAAAAAACACAGCACUGUUAUGAAGACUCUACAGACUCGUAAUUUGUUGCCAAUUCUAGCUCUGGCAAGUUUGUUCGUCAAGAUAAGUGGAUCAGUCUCUCUCCACCCUGUCCUGACUGGCCCUGACAUGGCCUACCUUGGCUCGAGGGUGGCUUUCCGCUGUAUUGCACCUAAUGCCUCUCUGCCGGUCACCUAUGAACUGAUAGGGGAUGGUGGUGUCCUGAUGCGCACAGGCACCGACCAAGGGGAUCAACAUGCAUCAUUCUUCCUGAAGGUCACCGCAUCAUCGGAGGGUUCCUACCACUGCAAGGCUACGAUUGGAGGAAGCACAGGAGUCAGCAACAUCAUCAAGCUGACUGUAGUUACUCCAGCAUCAAAUACCAGAGUGACCUCUGAACCCUUCCCCCCAGUCGUGUACGAGGGGUCACGUAUCGUCCUGAGCUGCACCAUCACAAAGGGCUCCCACCUCUCCUAUACCUGGCUUUUCAACAGGAAGGAAGUAACGUCUUCAACCUCUCCCUUUUUCCACCUCAAUGGGAACCAGCUAGUGAUGGAGAAGGUGACCCCAGAGCACGCUGGGCACUACUCUUGCAUUGCUUGGUCCAGGGUCCAUGACGUCAGGAGGUUUUCAAGCAGCACAGAGAUCCAGGUGACAGUCAAAGUUUAUAUAUCAAAACCGAGGAUCUCUUUCUCCAUCUUCAAAGUAGGAGACAGUUACCAUGGCAACGUUACCUGCUGGUCAACAAGAGGGAGUCAUCCAGUCAACUUCUCACUUUCAAUAGACGACAAAGAAGUGGCAUCCACCACUGCAACCGAAUCCCUCACUGCUUGGUUCCCUGUUGCCAUGGUACCUGGGCGGGAUAUGGGCGUGGCUCAAUGCCAGGCAAAAACUGAGAUGCAGAAGCUGAUGAGUGAACCUGUAUCUCUGGAAGUAGUCCCGGUUGGAGGUGAUGUCAAAGUGGAGGUGGAAUAUCUCUACAGAGCUGACUCCAAACUGGCCGUUGCCAGGCUGAGCUGUCAAGUCGGCAGGGGAACUUUCCCUUACAUCUCCUGGCUCUUUAAUGACUCUGUCCUUCCCUCUGAGACACAUGUGGACUCCCACUUUCAGCCUGUCCUGCCUGACUUUGCCCUCGCCGACCGCAGACGAAUCCUCAUCCUCCCUAAGCUGGGCCCAGAGGAGUCUGGGUGUUACCGCUGCAGGGUCAGGGACAGUUAUGAUGACUCUGGGCCCUGGGUGGAGAGUGUAGCUGUGCUGGUCAAGGUCACAGACAGGAUCCUUAACUCCAUGCCUCGAGCAACGUCUUCCACUGAAACACCACCAAAGGUUUUCAUGUCCACCAUUGAGGUUAUCGCCAUAGCUUUCUGCUGCUUCCUUGUCCUGAUGAUGGUGGUGUAUGUAGCCUGUAUUUACAGGAUGUUUGACCGCAACCGAGCCCCUGACCACAUUUCUACACCAAAUUCUGAUGCACCUCCUGUGUCUGCACCCGCGUUGCAGUUGGGCAGCGAGAUGGCUGCUACCUCCUCCAUAGACUGUGAUGCCUAGAGUCAGUUGUAGAGACAGUGUGACACAGGAUGAAGAACCUGCAUCAAAUUCAUCACCUCUUCAUGCAAAUUUCCAUUAUUCCAUUUUAAAUCUGCAGCUUUUUGCUCUUAUUGUUGUACUACUUAUCCUGUCCUACCAAGUUACAUAUAAGAAACCAGUGGAACAUUCAGUUUAAAAGAGAGACAUUAUUAUAUGUAUUUUUCAGCAAAACUACUGUAUACUGUCAUUUUCCAAAUAAAAAUUCU